AUGGAGAAUGUGCUGAAUUAUAUUGGUCUACUGACUUCUGGUUUAUCACUGUCAUUCAUUCUCCUGCUAUGCUUUUGUUGGAAUAAAAAGCAUAGUUUAUUACCAAAACGUAGCAAUUCAAACAGUAAUGUUAGCAUCAAAUCAUUUAAUCAGAAAAACACUCAAGGGGAUCAAAAACGUCAUAUCACUUGUCGACUGAAAUGUCCCUUUCGAAGUGGUCGUAACCCGAAUGUAGCUGAUUUAACAUCUGCUGCUGCUCGUACUCCUGGUGACGUCACAUCCCCCAAUCAUGUUAUAAUUAAGAAUUCAAGUCUAUUCGACAAUGAAGGCGAUUUGGCGUAUGCGACUACAAUCGGAUUAAGAGGUGGUCUGAAUGAUACAGAUAUUAUAUCACCUGGUUACACUCUACUACGGUAAGUGGUUUAUUCUUUUGCGUAUGUAUGAUUUAAUCUAUGCCAAUAAUUUGCUAUUUAGUCGUUAAUAAUGACUGAUUCCAGAAGGAAGUUGGCUGUAAAGUGAGAUACUCGUCGGUGACAUUCGCAAGCCGUGGCGUCAUACGUAUGUGGCGUGUGCGGUAAAUGGAUGCAGAUUGAUAGGAAGCUGCCAGAAAUUGAAAUCAACAUUCUAAGUCAAUGACUGCAGAGGUAGAAGUGUUUAUUCUUCAAAUCUGAAUUUAGUUCACGUCGUGGAUAUAUGAAAUGAUCUCAUUGGACAACUUAUUUGACCUUGGACCAAUUGCCGACCAAUCAAAACAGUUUGUCCCUCC